AUGAGCGGUGUCCAAAUUGCAGCAUUAAAAGAUACAGACUUGUUUAAGUCUUUAAAAGUUGGUGAACACACCUUAUCAAACAAAGUGGUUUAUCCGCCAACUACCAGAUUGAGAGCCUUAAAUGACCACACACCUUCAGAUUUGGAAUUAGAAUACUACGGCGAAAGAUCUAGGUAUCCAGGAUCCUUAUUAAUUGCUGAGGCUACGUUUGUUUCUGAACAAGCAGGUUUAAACGGUACGGUUCCAAGUGCUUGGAAUUCUGAACCGGCUGGUUAUGUUCCAGGUAUUUGGAAUGAUAAACACGCGCAAGGGUGGAAAAAAAUCACUGACAGAGUCCAUGAAAAUGGUUCUUUCAUGUCAAGUCAGUUUUGGUUUUUGGGUAGAGUUGGUGAUCCGCAAUUGUUAAAGGAUCGUGGUUUAGAUUAUGUUGCACCAUCAGCCAUAUAUCCAGAUGAGGAUUUUAAAAAGAAAGCCGAAGCUGCUGGAAAUCCACUUAGAGCUUUAACAGAAGACGAAAUCCAUGAUUUCAUUUACAAAACAUACCCGAAUGCGGCUAGAAAAGCGAUGGCUGCUGGAUUCGAUUAUAUUGAACUUCACGCAGCUCACGGAUAUUUACUUGACCAAUUUUUGCAGCCGGCUGGCAAUCAAAGAACUGAUAAAUAUGGCGGUAGUAUCGAGAACAGAGCAAGAUUCGUUUUAGAAUUGAUUGACCAUUUAAUUACGGUUGUUGGUGCAAAAAAGCUAGCUAUUAGAAUUUCUCCAUGGGCCGCUUUCCAGGGCAUGAAAGCGGAUCAAGAUUCCACCCAUGCGCUAACUACAUUCAGUUAUUUGCUACACGAAUUACAAAAGAGAGCAGAUAAUGGGAACGAACUUGCGUACGUAUCAAUUGUUGAACCUCGUGUCCUGGGAGGUGCUGAUGUUGAAGUAUCUCAACAGGUCGGUGAUAAUACCUUCGUUGGGCAAAUUUGGAAGGGAAUUAUCUUGAAGAGUGGUAAUUAUACUUAUGAUGCUCCAAAUUUCAAGACAUUGUUAAAUGAUAUCAGUGAUAACCGUACUAUGGUAGGUUUCGC